AACGCGUGAUCUACUCGUCAUUGACUCAUUACUUCCUUUGUAGCUCAGUGUGAAGAUCAGUGUGAAGAUCAAUCGAGUGUUUCAGUUCUUACAUUACUCUUAGAUACUCGAUCGAUUAAUGGCUGCUGCUGCAACUUCUUCGUCCUCUGGCUCUCCUUGGAAAUACGACGUGUUCCUCAAUUUCAGAGGGGAAGACACUCGCAGGUGCUUCGUCAGCCACCUCUACAAAGCCCUGAAUCAGAAAGCAAUCAACACCUUCAUUGAUGCCGAAGGGCUCCGAAAGGGCAACGACCUUUCGCAGCUACUGACGGCGAUCCAAGAUUCGCGCGUUUCAAUCGUGGUUUUUUCUCAAAAUUAUGCUUCUUCCACAUGGUGCUUGAAGGAGCUCGUCCAAAUACUGGAUUGUAUGGAUCGAAAGAACCAGAUAGUGGUGCCCCUUUUUUACGAUGUGGAUCCUUCUCAUGUCCGCAAAGCAGAGAGCAGCUUUGCGGAAGCUUUUGCCAAGCAUGAAGGCCAUUCUAACGCCGACAUGGAAGAGGUGCGGAGCUGGAGGUCCGCUCUUACUCGAGCCACCAAUUUAUCCGGCUGGGAUUCGAAAAAUUACGAGGAUGAUGCCAUGCUCAUUGAGGAAAUUGUAGAAGAUAUUUUUCAGAAAUUGAUCCGCACCUCAUCAAGUAAAGACGAUGACUUGGUUGAAAUGGAUUCCCGCAUGCAUGAAAUGGAGUUGCUAGUACAACCCUCUCCUGAAAUGGACGACGUUCGUGUUGUUGGAAUAUGGGGUAUGGGUGGUAUUGGCAAAACAACCAUAGCUAGAGCUGUUUAUGAGAAAAUUGCUUGUCAAUUUGAAGCUUGUUGCUUUCUUGACAAUGUCAAGGAAGAGUUCACUUGUGGUGCCGUACAUAUGCAGGAAAAGUUUCUCUCUAGAAUCUUGAAUGAAAAGGUGCAGAGUUUAGGCACAUUAGAUCGAGGUUACAGAAUGAUUUUGAAAAGGUUACAGAUGAAAAAGGUUUUGAUUGUUCUUGAUGAUGUUGACGACUUAUUUCAAAUUGAAACCUUACUUGGAAAGCAACAUUCAUUUGGUGGUGGGAGUAGAAUCAUUCUCACCACUAGAGAUAAGCUAGUACUAAGUCGAGCUGAUACAAUCUACAGCCCCAAGGUUCUAAGUGGUGAUGGAGCUUUGGAACUCUUUAGCCAGUAUGCCUUUAGAACAAAGCAACCCAAAAGAGACUAUGACCAUCUCUCAAGCCGUGCUGUACGAUAUGCUCAAGGUCUCCCUUUAGCACUUAAAGUCUUGGGGGCUUUUCUUUAUAAUAAAUCUGUGCAGGAGUGGGAGGAGAUGCUAGAGAAAUUAAAGAAAAUCCCGCAAAGGGGAAUUCAUGAUGUGUUAAGAACAAGCUUCGAUGGACUAGAUGAUUCUGAGAAGAACAUAUUUCUGGAUAUUGCAUGUUUCUUUAAAGGAGCGGAAAAAGACAACGCAACAAAGGUUCUGGACAGUUGUGGCUUUUAUCCCCAUACUGGGCUAAGAGUUCUAAUUGAUCGAGCUCUUAUAACUGUCUCACGGGAAACACUGAAGAUGCAUGAUUUACUAGAGGAAAUGGGUCGGGAAAUCGUCCGCCAAGAAUCUAUUAAAGAGCCUGGGAAACGCAGUAGGUUGUGGAAUUAUGAAGAUGUUCAUCAUGUGCUAACUCAAAAUACGGCUACGGAAGCUGUUGAAAGCAUAAUCCUUGACCUUUCAUUCUCAAAACCAAAAGUGGUAUACUUCAGUUCCGAAGCUUUUGUUAAAAUGACGAAAUUAAGAUUGCUCAAAAUCCACGGCGACAAUGGAUAUUCAUGUGAGAAUUUAAGGUUUGUUCUGCAUGAGUUAAGAAGUCUCAUAUGGAAGCAUUUCCCCCUAAAGUCUUUACCGUCCAAUUUUAUUGCGAAGAAUCUUGUUGAGCUUGACAUGCAAAAUAGUCUCAUUGAACAUCUUUGGGAAGGAGCCAAGCCUCUGGAAAAUUUGAAAAUUAUCAACUUAACAAGUUCUCCUCACCUGAAGAAAACUCCUGACUUCACGGAGACGAAAAAUCUUGAGAAGGCAGUUUUUCGAAGUUGUACAAGUUUAUUUGAGGUUCACCCAUCCAUUUCAUCUCUCAAAAAGCUGGUUCUUUUGGAUUUGGAAUAUUGCAUAAAUCUUAAGAUUUUUCCAAGCAAGAUUGUUAUGAAAUCUCUUAGAACCCUUAAACUUUCAUGGUGCGAAAACCUCGAUAAGUUUCCCGAAGUUUCAGAUGUUAUGCAGGAUCUAUCAGAGCUUUAUUUAGAUUAUACUGAAAUUAAAGAACUGCCCUCGUCAAUUUGUAAUCUUACGAGGCUUGUUACCUUGAAUCUAAACGGUUGCAAAAAGUUUAAGAGUCUUCCAAGGCGUAUUUCUCACUUGAAAUCUCUUAAAAGCCUCCAUGCUUCUCAAUGCUCAAGUCUUGAGAAGUUUCCAAAAAUUUCAGAGGCUAUGAAUAAUCUAUCUGAGCUUUAUUUGGGUGACACUGCAAUUAAGGAGCUGCCUGCUUCUAUUUUGAAUCUCACCAGUGUUGUUACUUUGAAUCUGAAUGAUUGCAGAGAACUUGAGAGUCUUCCAAGCAGCAUUUCUCACAUGAAAUCUCUUCAAUGCCUUGAUGUUUCUGGAUGCUCAAAGCUUGAGAAGUUUCCAGAAAUUUCAGAGGUUAUGAAGAAGCUAUCUGUGCUUUGUUUGGGUGGCACUGGAAUUAAGGAGCUGCCUGCUUCUAUUUUAAAUCUCACCAGUGUUGUUACUUUGAAUCUGAAUGAUUGCAGAGAACUGGAGAGUCUUCCAAGCAGCAUUUCUCACAUGAAAUCUCUUGAAUACCUUGAUGUUUCUAGAUGCACAAAGCUUGAGAAGUUUCCAGAAAUUUCAGAGGUUAUGAAAAAGCUAUCUGGGCUUUAUUUGGGUGGCACUACAAUUAAAGAGCUGCCUGCUUCUAUUUUAAAUCUCACCAGCCUUGUUACUUUGAAGCUGAAUGGUUGCAGAGAACUUGAGAGUCUUCCAAGCAGUAUUUCUCACAUGAAAUCUCUUCAAUACCUUGAUGUUUCUAGAUGCUCAAAGCUUGAGAAGUUUCCAGAAAUUUCAGAGGUUAUGAAGAAGCUAUCUGGGCUUUAUUUGGGUGGCACUACAAUUAAAGAGCUGCCUGCUUCUAUUUUAAAUCUCACCAGCCUUGUUACUUUGAAGCUAAAUGAUUGCAGAGAACUUGAGAUUCUUCCAAGCAGCAUUUCUUACAUGAAAUCUCUUCAACGCCUUGAUGUUUCUGGAUGCUCAAAGCUCAAGAAGUUUCCAGAAAUUUCGGAGGUUAUGAUGAAGCUAAUUGAGCUUUGUUUGGGUGGCACUGCAAUUAAAGAGCUGCCUGCUUCUAUUUUAAAUCUCACCAGUCUUGAUACUUUGAAUCUGAAUGAUUGCAGAGAACUUGAGAGUCUUCCAAGCAGCAUUUCUCACAUGAAAUCUCUUGAAUACCUUGAUGUUUCUGGAUGCUCAAAGCUCGAGAAGUUUCCAGAAAUUUCAGAGGUUAUGAAGAAGCUAUAUGUGCUUUGUUUGGGUGGCACUGCAAUUAAGGAGCUCCCUGCUUCUAUUUUAAAUCUCACCAGUCUUGAUACUUUGAAUCUGAAUGAUUGCAGAGAACUUGAGAGUCUUCCAAGCAGCAUUUCUCACAUGAAAUCUCUUGAAUACCUUGAUGUUUCUGGAUGCUCAAAGCUUGAGAAGUUUCCAGAAAUUUCAGAGGUUAUGAAGAAGCUAUCUGAGCUUUGUUUGGAUGGCACUGCAAUUAAGGAGCUACCUGCUUCUAUUUUAAAUCUCACCAGUCUUGUUACUUUGAAGUUGAAUGAUUGCAGAGAACUUGAGAGACUUCCAAGCAGCAUUUCUCACAUGAAAUCUCUUAAACACCUUGAUGUUUCUGGAUGCUCAAAGCUUGAGAAGUUUCCAGAAAUUUCAGAGGUUAUGAAGAAGUUGUCUAGCCUUUAUUUGGAUGGCACUGCAAUUAAGGAGCUGCCUGCUUCUAUUAUAAAUCUCACCAGUCUUGAUACUUUGAAUCUGAAUGAUUGCAGAGAACUUGAGAGUCUUCCAAGCAGUAUUUCUCACAUGAAAUCUCUUAAAUACCUUGAUGCUUCUGGAUGCUCAAAGCUUGGGAAGUUUCCAGAAAUUUUGGAGGUUAUGAAGGAGCUAUCUAAGCUUUGUUUGGGUGGCACUGCAAUUAAGGAGCUGCCUGCUUCUAUUUUAAAUCUCACCAGUCUUGUUACUUUGAAGUUGAAUGAUUGCAGAGAACUUGAGAGUCUUCCAAGCAGCAUUUUCAACAUGAAAUCUCUUAAAUACCUUGAUGUUUCUGGAUGCUCAAAGCUUGAGAAGUUUCCAGAAAUUUCAGAGGUUAUGAAGGAGCUAUCUAAGCUUUGUUUGGGUGGCACUGCAAUUAAGGAGCUGCCUGCUUCUAUUUUAAAUCUCACCAGUCUUGUUACUUUGAAUCUGAAUGAUUGCAGAGAACUUGAGAGUCUUCCAAGCAGCAUUUCUCACAUGAAAUCUCUUACAUACCUUGAUGUUUCUGGAUGCUCAAAGCUUGAGAAGUUUCCAGAAAUUUUAGAGGUUAUGAAGGAGCUAUCUAAGCUUUGUUUGGAUGGCACUGCAAUUAAGGAGCUGCCUGCUUCUAUUUUAAAUAUCUCCAGUCUUGUUACUUUGAAGUUGAAUGAUUGCAGAGAACUUGAGAGUCUUCCAAGCAGCAUUUCUCACAUGAAAUCUCUUGAAUACCUUGAUGUUUCUGGAUGCUCAAAGCUUGAGAAGUUUCCCGAAAUUUUAGAGGUUAUGAAGGAGCUAUCUAAGCUUUGUUUGGGUGGCACUGCAAUUAAGGAGCUGCCUGCUUCUAUUUUAAAUCUCACCAGUCUUGUUACUUUGAAGUUGAAUGAUUGCAGAGAACUUGAGAGUCUUCCAAACAACAUUUCUCACAUGAAAUCUCUUGAAUACCUUCAUGUUUCUGGAUGCUCAAAGCUUGAGAAGUUUCCAGAAAUUUCAGAGGUUAUGAAGAAGCUAUCUGAGCUUUGUUUGGAUGGCACUGCAAUUAAGGAGCUGCCUGCUUCUAUUUUAAAUCUCACCAGUCUUGUUACUUUGAAGUUGAAUGAUUGCAGAGAACUUGAGAGACUUCCAAGCAGCAUUUCUCACAUGAAAUCUCUUAAACACCUUGAUGUUUCUGGAUGCUCAGAACUUGAGAAGUUUCCAAAAAUUUCAGAGGUUAUGAAGAAGCUAUCUGAGCUUUGUUUGGGUGGCACUGCAAUUAAGGAGCUGCCUGCUUCUAUUUUAAAUCUCACCAGUCUUGAUACUUUGAAUAUGAAUGAUUGCAGAGAACUUGAGUCUUCCAAGCAGCAUUUCUCACAUGAAAUCUCUUAUAUACCUUGAUGUUUCUGGAUGCUCAAAGCUUGAGAAGUUUCCAGAAAUUUUAGAGGUUAUGGAAAAGCUAUUUGAGCUUUGUUUGGGUGGCACUACAAUUAAGGAGUUGCCUGCUUCUAUUUUAAAUCUCACCAGUCUUGUUACUUUGAAUCUGAAUGAUUGCAGAGAACUUGAGAGUCUUCCAAGCAUCAUUUCUCACAUGAAAUCUCUUAAAUACCUUGAUGCUUCUGGAUGCUCAAAGCUUGGGAAGUUUCCAGAAAUUUUGGAGGUUAUGAAGGAGCUAUCUAAGCUUUGUUUGGGUGGCACUGCAAUUAAGGAGCUACCUGCUUCUAUUGUAAAUCUCACUAGUCUUGUAACUUUGAAUCUGAAUGAUUGCAGAGAACUUGAGUGUCUUCCAAGCAUCAUUUCUCACAUGAAAUCUCUUAAAUACCUUGAUGUUUCUGGAUGCUCAAAGCUUGAGAAGUUUCCAGAAAUUUCAGAGGUUAUGAAGGAGCUAUCUAAGCUUUAUUUGGGUGGCACUGCAAUUAAGGAGCUGCCUGCUUCUAUUUUAAAUCUCACCAGUCUUGAUACUUUGAAUCUGAAUGAUUGCAGAGAACUUGAGAGUCUUCCAAGCGGCAUUUCUCACUUGAAAUCUCUUAAAUACCUUGAUGUUUCUGAAUGCUCAAAGCUUGAGAAGUUUCCAGAAAUUUCCAAGGUUAUGAACAAGCUAUCAGAGUUGUGAACUUGCUCAAUUGAACAAUUUGUUCACAGCAUGCUAUCGUGCUUUGUCUAUCCUUUGGUAUGAAGCUGAAAAUUGCAGUGUCUUUAUCCUUUUGAUUCACCCACUGGAAAAUGCAGGGGAGAGCCUUCUCUCGCUCUCAAAUCCGGGGAAUCAUGUCGCACCACUAGUCCUGCCGCACCACCAGUGUUCCUCCGCUUUACUGAAGGCCACACAGCGCGCCACUUACGGGUGACGCCCUAGCUUUAGCGCGAUUUUGUUCUGGAUUCAUUUUCAUAAGGAUUCGACGUGAUCAUGGAGUGCCGGCUGUCGACUACCUGACGCCCUUUCAAAAAUUUGGGGGGUUUUGUUUCCUUUCCAAUACCAAUCAGGCAAAACUUUCUAAUGGUGGAUGAAAUCCCUUUUCCUCCUCAGAUCACAACCACCAAGCCAUUAUCUCUGCUGGGUCAAGGGGAAUUACCGACAUUGAUAUUCGUUUUGUUCAGAUCAAGUUCACAGCAAUUGGGGUUUACUUGGACCCUGAAAUUGUGUCACAUCUUCAGCAAUGGAAAACCAAAAAGGAAAAUGAACUUGGAAGAUGAUGACUUCUUUGAUGCUCUGAUUUCUGCCCUGCUGAGAAAUUCAUUAGGGUUGUAGUGACCAAGGAGAUCAAAGGGUCCCAAUAUGGAGUGCAGAUUGAGAGUGCAGUGAGGGACAGACUGGCAGCUGAUGACAAAUAUGAGGAAGAGGAGGAGGCCUUGGAAAAAGUUCUUCCAAUCAAAGUACUUGAAGAAGGAUUCUGUCAUCAUAUUCCAUCUUCCUGCAACUUCUGCCGCUGCCGAGGUAAAGAAUCAUCUUAACCAAAGGGUAAAAAGUAACAGCAAUAUCGUUAACAUACAUUGUCUUUAUGGCUCUCAAAAAGGGGGUUAUGGCUUGAAUUCUGUGGAAACAAAAAGAAGUCAUUAAUAUUGUUGCAAUGCCCAAAUCAUGUGCCUUUGUAAGAACCCAAGACCAUAUACAAGUAUAGAAACACUUUAUGUGGAUCACUUAUGUGGACAACCGAACCGUGCGCGGGCACCAUCAUGUGCAAACAACCCGCUGCUUCGAAUCAAAGAGGGGGCGGUCACGAUGACGUCUCUGAGUAAGGAGCUUGUGUUCCUGAUCUUGCAGUUUCUCGAUGAGGAAAAAUUCAAAGAGACCAUCUCCACAACCACAGGCUAGAGCAGGAAUCUGUGGUUUUCUUCAAUAUGAAAUAUUUUGAGGAUGAGGUGCAUAAUGGCAAUUGGGAUGAAGUUGAGAAGCACCACUCCAGGUUCACUAAAUUGGAAGAUGACAGCUAUUCCAUGAAAAUCUUUUUCGAGAUAAGGAAGCAGAAGUAUCUCGAGGCAUUGGACAAGGAGAAUGAACAACUAUCCAAGUGUGGAGAUUCAAAGUCUGCCAGGGCAAUCAUGUUGGUUGAACUUAAGAAACUGAUUGAAGCGAAUCCCUUAUUCAGUGAUAAAUUGCAGUUCCCAAACCUAAAGCGUUCCAAGGCUACGGACUCUCAUUAACCAAGGGUAAUUACUCUGAAACCACCACAUCAGUUAUAUAAGAUUAGAUGUGCACUUCAUUGUAACUUAUGGAUGUUGUUGCAAAUACUGGUCUUGCUUUAAUGUUUCCACAUAUGGAAUGAGUGCUUUUGCCUUCCGUUGCACUCAAAUGACAAUUUCAUCAAGUUGAUAGCACUAGCUAAUGAGUUUAUUGUUUACGUACAUUGUCUAUGUGGCUAUCAAAAAGGUGGUUAUGGCUUGAAUUCUGUGGAAACAAAAAGAAGUCAUUAAUAUUGUUGCAAUGCCUAAAUCAUGUGCCUGAAUCUUAAUUUAGUAUAUGGUUCAUUGCUACAUAGCACAGGGGCCUGGUGACAGUUGUACAUCACUGCUUGAUUCCAGCGUUUGGUGUCAGGAUUCUUUUUUUUUUUUUUUGUUCGUGACCAGUGUCAGAAGUUUCCACACACCAGGAACUAUUAUUUGUGCAAAUUAUGACCUUUCUGGUUCUGCUGAGAAAGAACUAAUUCUCCUUCUGUAAAUUCAAGUUUAAAUUGGUAGCACAGGCUUUGUAAAAACCCAAGUCCAAAUCCAGUUGUAAAAACACUUUAUGUGGAUCACCCAUGUGGACAACCAAACUGUGCGCGGGCACCAUCACCUGCAAACAACCCGCUUCUUGGAAUCAAACAAGGGGCGGUCAAGAUGUUGUCUCUGAGUAUGGAGCUUGUGUUCCUGAUCUUGCAGCUUCUCGAUGAGGGAAACUUCAAAGAGACUAUUCAUAAGCUAAAGCAGGAAUCUGGGGUUUUCUUCAACAUGAAAUAUUUUGAGGAUGAGGUGCAUAAUGGCAAUUGGGAUGAAGUUGAAGUACCUCUCUGGGUUCACUAAAGUGGAGGAUAACUGCUGUUCCAUGAAAAUGUUUUUCAAGAUAAGGAAGCAGAAGUAUCUUGAGGCACUGGACAAAUGAUCGGUCCCAAGCCGUGGAUAUUCUAGUAAAGGAUUUAAAGUUUUUUGCCACAUUCAAUUAAGAACUUUCGGAGGAAAUCGCUCAGCUCUCGACAUUGGAGAACUUUAGGUAUGAGAAUGCCAUUGUAUGAAGGGGGAGUGAACAACUAUCCAAAUACGGAGAUACAAAGGUCUGCCAGGGUAAUCAUGUCGGUUGAACUUAAGAAACUGAUUGAAGCGAAUCCCUUAUUCAGUGAUAAAUUGCAGUUCCCAAACAUUAAGCGUUCGAGGCUAAAGGAUUUCAUUAACCAAGGCUUAAAUUGGCAGCAUAAGCUUUGUAAGAACCGAAGUCCAGAUAUAGUUAUAGAAACACUUUAUGUGGACAACUGAACCGUGCGCGGACAGCAUCACCUGCAAACAACCUGCUGCUUGGAUCCUUACCAAAAGCUGGAGGGUAUCCCCCAUUAGGUGCACAUGAGCCUUUUCAACCUACACCAGCCCCAGUUCCAAUACCCCUUGCAUCUGUUACUUAUCCAGCAUUUCUGGAGGUGGAGGUAUUGGUCUUGCUGGUCCAUCAAUAACAGAUGCCUUGAAACAUCCAAGGACUCCUCCAACUAAUCCUUCUGUGGAGUACCCGUCUUGGGGAUUCUGAUCAUGUUUCUAAAAGAACAACACCGAUGGGGCUGUCUACUGAAGUUAAUCUCCCUGUAACAUGUUGCCAGUAACAUUUUCAGGACACGGUCAUGGUCAAGCUUUGAAUGCACCUGAUGACUUGCCUAAGAAUGUCACUUGGAUUUUGAAUCAGGGUUCAUCUCUCAUGAGCAUGGAUUUUCAUGCUUCACAGCAGACUUUUCUUCUUGUUGGUACCGAUAUGGGGGACGUAGGCCUGUGGGAAGUUGGAUCUAGGGAGCGACUCGUUUUAAGGAACUUCAAAGUAUUGGAUCUUAGUUCAUGCUUAAUGCUCCUGCAGGCUGCUCUAGUUAAGGAUCCUGGUGUGGCUGUUGACCGUGAGAUUGGCAGCCCUGAUGGUGCUUUAUUUGGUGUUGCUUACCCAAGGCACAUUGUUCAAAUAUAUUCUUAUCAUGGGGGUGAUGAUGUACGAAAGCACCUAGAGAUUGAUGCACAUGUUGGUUGAGUAAAUGAUCUGGCAUUCUCCCAUCCCAAUGAGCAGCUUUGUGUGAUUACCUGUGGGGAUGACAAGACCAUCAAGGUGUGGGAUGCUACAACCGGUGCAAAACAAUAUACUUUUGAAGGUCAUGAUGCUCCAGUUUAUUCUGUCUGCCCACAUUAUAAGGAAAACAUUCGGGUGUUGUGUUUAUCUUGUCAACAGCACUGGAUGGAAAGAUAAAGGCUUGGAUGUCUGACAAUUUGGGAUCUCGAGUUGAUUAUGAUGCUCCUGGUCGCUGGUGCACAACCAUGGCUUAUAGUGCUGAUGAUGGUACAAGGCUAUUUUCAUGUGGUACAAGUAAGGACGGUGAGUCAUAUAUUGUUGAAUGGAAUGAAAGUGAAGGGGCUGUGGAGAGGACCUAUCAAGGCUUUCGCAAGCGUUCUUUUGGUGUCGUGCAAUUCAAUACUACUACACACCGGUUUUUGGCUGCUGGUGAUGAUUUUUCUAUUAAAUUUUGGGACAUGGACAAUAUUCAACUUCUGACAACUGCUGAUGCUGAUGGAGGCCUCCCAGUAGGCAAGCCCUCGCAUCCGCCUCAACAAGGAUGGCACUCUCUUAGCUGCUUCUGCCAAUGAGAAUGGGAUUAAAGUUUUGGCAAAUCAGAUGGAGUGCGGUUGUUGCGAACGAUUGAGAAUCAUCUUUCUUAUGAUGGGUCUGAUAGACGAUAAUUACUCUGAUCGAUUGCUUCCUGAUUGUCUGUGAUCACUGCCUGCUGUAAUCCCUGAUUGUUUGUAACCCUUUGACUGAUUUCCUGCAGAAAUCAUCUGUGAAAAUACCUUCCUUAUAUGUAUAUUCUGUAUACAAAGUCAACUUGUUACAUUAAGGCUUUAUUAGCCUAUAUAAUGAAAGAAGAUCAGAACCUGAAAUCACUGAGGAAUUCAACCACAUAGCUGUUAUGCCAUAAAUGUUGGAUUUAUUCUGAUGUAAUCAACUUUAAAUGGUCUACAACAUAUAAUAGGAAUGUAAUAUUGGAGAUUAAUGUAGAUAUUGUGAUUUGAUUUCCUAAA